CCAGGCGAGCAGCAGAGGCAGCGGCCAAUCAGCAUGCCAUUAGCGGGCUUCGCAGGAAGCUGUUUAUGAUGGCAGCGCGGCGCUAAUUAGCCUCAUGAACUAACACAUCUGCCUGCACAGAGUCACGGAGGAAAGCGAUCACGUCCAUGGAUUAGUGCGGGAAGCAAACGGACACUUUUUUUUUUAUUCUUCGCAACUUCUUCGCCGCGCGCGCGCUGCAACUUUUCCCCCCCUCAAGUCUGCUUGGAAGUGUUUCUUUCCUUCUUACACUGGGGAACCCGGACUAUCACGCCAUGUUCCAGCCGACACCCAAGAGGUGUUUCACGAUAGAGUCGUUAGUGGCCAAGGAUAAUCCGGUACCGGCGUCCCGCUCGGAGGAGCCCAUCAGGCCAGCGGCGCUCAGCUAUGCAAACUCCGGCCAGAUGAAUCCUUUCCUCAACGGCUUUCACUCUGGCGGCAGGGGCGUCUACUCUAACCCGGACUUAGUGUUCGCUGACGCGGUCUCCCAUCCGCCCAGCUCGGCGGUACAUCCGGUGCAUCCGGUGGGCCCGCCGCACGCCCUGCACGCCGCUCAUCCGCUCUCGUCCUCUCACAGCCCGCACCCUCUUUUUGGCAGCCAGCAACGAGACCCUUCCACCUUCUACCCCUGGUUAUUACACAGAUAUAGAUAUUUGGGACAUAGAUUUCAAGGCAAUGAAACGAGUCCAGAGAGCUUCCUUUUGCACAACGCGCUGGCCAGAAAACCUAAAAGAAUUCGGACGGCUUUCUCUCCAUCGCAACUCCUGCGGCUCGAACAUGCGUUUGAGAAAAACCAUUACGUGGUCGGUGCGGAGAGGAAACAGCUUGCGCACAGCCUUAGCCUCACAGAAACUCAGGUAAAAGUGUGGUUCCAGAACCGGAGGACGAAGUUUAAGAGACAAAAGCUGGAAGAAGAAGGUUCCGAAUCCCAGCAGAAGAAGAAAGGUUCCCAUCACAUAAACCGCUGGAGGUUGGCUACCAAACAGUCCAGUCCGGAGGAAAUCGACGUGACUUCGGACGAUUAACAAAACAAAAAACAAGACUUGAAAGAAAAAAGGAGGACACGAAUAACGCGGGUAUUUGCCGUGAGAAGAAGAAGAAUACAGGAGGGUCCAAUAACCCAAUGUCAUAUUUCACAUCACCCAGGCGAUGGAGGCCGGCCGGGGGUCCAAGAUGUCCCCAUAAGAAGCAGGAACAUGGUACUGACUGUCCACCUCAAUUAUACUUUUGCACUUCUGAUUUCCCCCCUACACAUGCACACGCUCUCCAGAUAUACCAAAACUGAUUUGUUAUUAUUAUUAUUAUUAUUAUUAAUAUUAUGAUUAUGAUUAAAAAAAAACACUUUAA